AAAUCCGUCCGCAGUAUUACCCACCCAUUGAUCAGGACGUUAUUUGUGGCUCUUAUCAUCUCCACAGUGACAAGAGCUUUUUCACAUUCAUACGCCGUUAUAGCGUCGACACCGUGCCCGCGCGCGCGCGCCCGUGUGUGCUUCUUAUAAAAAAAACCAUAUAGGUGGGUGUGUAAUAAGCUGUAUAGUAUAUGCCUUAUCAGCCAGCGCUCGCUCAGCAGCGCGUUAGUGUUGCUCUCCUCCCUUGGAUUCUGAUUGCGGAAAAGCUCUGAGCACUGAAGAUCAUCAUGCAAAAACGGAGGAAGCCAGAACCGAUCCAGCUAAACCCGAUUCCGGAUGGGAAUGCUGUUAACGGAACCGGUGUCACAGAAACAAACCUAGAAGCCCUGCAAAAGAAACUUGAGGAGCUGGAGCUGGAUGAGCAGCAGAAAAAGCGUCUGGAGGCCUUCCUCACGCAGAAGCAGAAAGUAGGAGAGUUGAAGGAUGACGAUUUUGAGAAGAUUUGCGAGUUGGGAGCAGGCAAUGGUGGUGUGGUCUUCAAGGUCUCACACAGACCCUCUGGACUCAUCAUGGCCAGGAAGCUGAUCCAUCUGGAGAUCAAGCCAGCAAUCAGAAACCAGAUUAUCCGAGAGCUGCAGGUGCUGCAUGAGUGCAAUUCUCCCUACAUUGUGGGAUUUUACGGGGCCUUCUACAGUGACGGCGAGAUCAGCAUCUGUAUGGAGCACAUGGACGGUGGCUCCCUGGACCAAUCACUGAAGAAAGCAGGCAAGAUUCCAGAGCAAAUCCUGGGCAAAGUUAGCAUUGCGGUGAUAAAAGGGCUGUCUUACCUUAGAGAGAAGCACAAGAUCAUGCACAGAGAUGUGAAACCUUCGAACAUCCUGGUGAACUCACGUGGAGAGAUCAAGCUGUGUGACUUUGGCGUGAGCGGGCAGCUUAUUGACUCCAUGGCCAACUCUUUUGUGGGCACGAGAUCCUACAUGUCUCCAGAGCGUCUGCAGGGCACACACUACUCUGUGCAGUCUGAUAUCUGGAGCAUGGGACUUUCUUUGGUAGAGAUGGCCAUUGGACGCUUUCCUAUCCCACCACCGGAUGCUAAAGAACUGGAGCAAAUUUUUGGCCUCCCCAUGGAGGGUGACCCUUCAUCCAGCGAGGCCUCCCCCAAACCCAGGCCCCCUGGACGUCCCGGGAGCUCAUACGGACCUGACAGCAGACCUCCAAUGGCCAUCUUUGAGCUGCUUGACUACAUUGUCAAUGAGCCACCACCCAAGCUGCCAAGCAUCUUUGGCACAGAAUUUCAAGAUUUCGUCAACAAAUGCUUAAUAAAAAAUCCAGCAGAGAGGGCAGAUCUGAAGCAAUUAAUGGUCCAUGCCUUCAUUAAGACAUCAGAAGCAGAAGAAGUGGACUUUGCCGGGUGGCUCUGCAGCACCAUAGGAUUAAAUCAGCCAGGAACCCCAACUCACAGUGUGGGAAUAUAAAAUGAAUUGUUCUGCUUAAGCUCACACACACAAACACACACACACACACACACGUUCAGUGGUUUUAUUUGGGCUCUAUUCGAAAAGCAAUCUUUUCAGUAGUCAUUUACUGCCUCUUUUAUUUUGAUGUUAUAAGUAUUGAACUGAGAUUUAUGAAUCAUGCCAAGUCCCACAUUCUGUAUUAAGUGGCAAGAUGUACUUGGGGGGGACCCCCCACCCACUAAAAAAUGCUCAGAAUCCCCCCCUAAAUGUAAUAAAUUAUCCUGUUGAAUUGCAUAAAAAUCAUAUCAGAGACUAUUUAAAGUAUAAACUAUACUAGGCUUUUGUAUGAAUGUUUAUCUGAGGGCACUCUAAUACUCCGUUUGAAUGGAAAUAUGCAGAUUUUUUUUAAAGUAAAAAUCUUUUGGAUCACAGACAAAGCAUUGUCCCAGGGUAUAAAAAUUAUGUUCUCCAGUUAUUUUUAAGGUUAUAAAAUUUUUACACAUCAUGCUUAGGUAAAGGUUUGGCUUUUCAUUAAUUUUCAGUUAAUCUAUUGAAAAAGUAUUGCCUGUUAUUUGAGUUGAUAUGAAAUUGUAAUGUCAAGCAACAGUUUUUAUUGUAUUAUUAUGGUCAUGGUGUUUUAGUUAUACCUUUACUGCAUCAGAUAGAAAUAAUCAAGACUACCUGAUUAAACAAGUAGUUGUGGCCAAAUUUACUGACAGCCAAUUGUUUGAAAACAAGGUUAUAACAAAAUGUAACUCAGUACUGUUCAGACAAGCCAUAAAAGCCUUAUUAUAUGAAGCAAAGUGCAUUUUUUGUGGUCACUUAUCCUCAAGACCCUGCCCUUUACCUUAAAGGCAAACAUGUAAAAAAAGAAAGCGGUACAUGGACCAAAUGUGCGGUCAUACGAUCCCUUAAACACAUCUCUAUAAAAUCUUUAAAUCAUAAAACUAAACAUAUCCUGGUCCAAGAUGCUAAUAGAGAAUAGCUAUAUUGUAACUGCAAACUUCGUCACCCAGCAUGUGUACCAAGGUAGCGACUAAUGAAUUAACAGCUUCUGGUUAUCCCACUAUAUUUUCCUUACCUGCUUUUAUACAAUUAAAUCUUGAGAUUGAAAUCCAAGAAGUGAAUCUGUUCAAAAUGCAUCAGCAGUAAACAAUUCCUAUUUACUCCAGAUAUGAAACAAGUUGUUGCUUCAGUAUUUUUUUUUUAAUCAUACUUUAGAAGCAUACCAAAUGAAUAAAAAGCAUAGGUUUGAGAACGGUGUCAGCAAUUUGCAUUUUAAUGUAAUAAAAACAUGAAAUACUUGUACAAGAAAAAUGCUGCAUAACUCAGGACAGUUGAGUAUUUUCUUGGGACAUUUAUUCAAUUCAGGAACCUGGUGAGGGUUGCAGUGGAUUCUGGAGAAAAUGAGGCAAUAUGAAAGCUUUAAGGUAUUUAAAUUACCUUAUUACAUCUAAAUUCAUACAAUUGUUAGCACCAUUUUUUCCCCAUUUAAAUACAUUACCAAUUGCCAUUAAACUUGGCCACAACUGUAGUCCUUACAUCAAUUCUAAAUUUUAUUACAAACAAUGUUCUUGGUUAACAUUUGCAUAAUACUUUGUUCAAAUGUAUUGAAUUUACAUUGUAUGUGUAGAAGUGAUUGUCUAAACUAUAAGUUAUAAUAAAUGCAGUAUAAAAUACA